AUGAGCGAGAGUGCAACGCGUGGACCGGACGCCUCCCAGUCUGACCACCAGGAGGAGCCCCAGCACCGUGGUGGACCUGGGCGGCGGUCGAUACGGCGUCUUCAUCACCUCCAAACACCUGCAGGCCUCGGACCCGACAGCCCCGCGGAGGAGCUGGAGUUCUCCAUCACCAGACCGCCUCACUUCGGAUACCUGGAGAACGCUGUCACAGGAGCGUACAUUAAAGGUCGUUUCACGCAGCGGGACGUGGACCAGCGUGCCGUCGUGUUCGUCCUCCCCGUCGAUAUGGAGGUGACGGCCGACAGCUUCGAGUUCCGCCUCAUUGACCCGGCAGGAAACAUGGCGCUGCCCGAGAUACUGGACCUGUCCUGGUCUCGGGUGGAGUUGUCGGUGACCUGCUACCGAACCUGUGAGACGGCGGGGACGCUUCAGAUCCAAAUCCAACGCAGCGGAAAGAGCGUCGACCCGGCGUACAUAGCUAUCCAGGUGGAGGAGGGAUCGGCCAAACCCGGCAGAGAUUUCACCCACAGCACAGCCGCUCUCAUCCAGUUUGACCCAGGAGUCAGCGUGAAAACCUGGAACAUCUACCUGAUAGACGACGGUCUGGAGGAAAAUCACGAGACUUUCACUGUCACCCUGAAAAAUCCGAAAAACGCCGUCCUGGGACAGAGGACCUCCGCCAGGGUUGAGAUCAUCGACCCCAGAGGAGAGGGAGAACCCCAGGACCAGGCGGCCCCCGGUUACACCCACAUCCACCCCCAAAGCAGGCAGCAGCCAGGGACCGGGAACACCGGACACAGGGUCAGAGAAGGAGGAUUAAAGGUCCAUCUGUCAGGAGAGAGGAGGUCUGAGGAGAAGGUGUGGACGUUCCACAGUAUGACUCCUCUCCGGCUGGAGGAGCUGAAGCCGGGUGAUGCUGGGUGGAGUCGCUGGUCUCACAGUCGCCUCCUGCAGGAGCUCCCGGUUGGUGACCCUCCUCAGAUGGAUCAUCCAGAACCCAGAAACCAGCCAGAGCUACGCCAGCGCAAGACGGGGAAGUCGGUCACCAGCUCGUGUCCCGACGGUUGGACUCACUACAGGAGACGCUGCUACGUGGUCAGCACGUCUGUGGCGAGCUGGGGCAGUGCAGAGAGGACCUGCUCACUGCUAUUUAACAGCAGCCUGACCAGCGUGCGCUCCAGAAGAGACAUGACCUGGCUGUGGAAGUUUGCAGGGAGGAAGCCAUUUUGGAUCGGUCUGUCUGGAGGUCCCGGUCGCUGGAUGGGGCUGACGGUCGCUCUGUGUCCUUCUCCAGACUGA